UUUCAGCCAUCGGAUAACUUUCCUAUUUGUAACGGUAGAUAACCACUGACAAGAGCGCGUUAGUGACUUUCAUAGGGAACUGCCUUGUUGUCGUUCUUGGAGCCAAUGCCCAAAAUCAAUCAUACAGAAAGAGGAGUGGUAUGUGGGCAUCCUUGCCCAUGCACUGUUGAAUACAAAAACAAACAAAAUAAAAGAAAAUAAACCAACCAACCAUGUGUAUUAUGUUGUGAUUGUGUGACCAAAAGAGAACAUGAUGGUUUGUUUUGAUAGUUUAGUGAUUAUGAUAAUGUAAACUAAAUGUACCUAAAUGCGAAUAAUAUAAAAUGACGAAAACUUGUAUAGUUUGCAAAAAACAACCUAUUCCUGGUGAUCACACUCGUAGUUUUCACAAAUUUCCUGCAAACAAUGAACUGAAACAGAAGUGGAUGCAAGCUAUUGGAGUAACGGAUAUUAAGAAAAUCUCAACUGUUUGUAGCGAUCACUUUGAAGAUGAUGCAUAUCAUCAAACUGAUGGAUAUACAGUCACCAAAAGGCUGUUAUCAACUGCAGUACCUAUUCUCAAUAAAUGUUGUAUAAAAAAUAUUACUAAUAAUAUUGUGAUACCAUCUGUAGUAGAAGAGACUUGUGAUAAGAUUUGUAAGGAAGAGGUGGAUGAAUUUACGUUCAAUAAUUCAUUGGAGUUGUCAACAAAUACAAAUAAUACGACUACAGUAGGAGAGAUUUGCAAUAAGAUUUACAAGGAAGAGGUGGAUGAUCUUUCCUUUAAUAAUUCAUUAGAGUCAUCAAGAAAUAUAAAUAAUAUUGUUACUGAUUCAAGUAUUCAAGAUAAUACUUACAGUAGUGUUAAUGAAAGUGAUUCAUUGGAAGAUUGUGAUAUAAAACCUGUAACAGAAAGUUCUUUUAAUGACUCAACUUCACAACCAGAACAUAUUGAAAAGACUUCAAAUGACAAGAACAGUACGAGUUCGAAAAGAAAACGAACAAUAAAUGAUGCUGAAAGUGAUAUACCAAAUAAAAAAUUUUGUUUUAUGGAUGGAGUUCAACCUUCUCAUGUCUCGAAACAAGACUUUGUUUCAGAUGAAGCAUGGAGACGUUUUGUUAAAUUGAUGCUUUAUAAAAAUAGACAAAUAGCAGGUGCUAGGAAAAAAAGUUGGAGAAGGAAGAAACAAAUUGGUACUUUUAAAGAACUUAUCAAGAGUUUACAAGAUAAAGAUGCUUUCUGUGGCUCUGAGUUUUUAGAGGUCGUUUUAUAAUAUUUUCAUAUUUUUUAAACGACCAUUUUAGUGUAGACAUUAUUGGUUAUCAAUUUUGUAUUUAUACAGUGAUCCACAAUCAGAAAUUUUUAUAGUAAUUGUUUAAAUUUGAUUUAUGUGAUCAUUGUGAAUCAUACAAAUAGUAUACACAAUAUUAUUUAAAUGAAAUAAUUGUAUUUUUUAUCUUGUGAUAUUUGUAAAAUAAGAUUUCUAUAGAUAUACAAUUUAUUGUAUAAUUUAGUUUUAAUUUUAAUGCACAAGUGUGUAAAAUGUGAAUGCCCUAGAUUAGUUAAGUUUUUAUUAUAGAAACUUUUAUAAUAAAUUAGGUUUAGUUAAUGAACGUACACACAGAUGAUAUUUACUUACCUUCGGAGACGACUGUAUAUCUGACAGUGAAUUUUAUAUUAGGAACAUAUAAAUUAAUUAAUCGUUUUCACUUUAUUGUUUUUUCUGUAAAUUCAACAUUUGUGCUUCAUUGAUGAAUAUAUUCCUCUGCUGUUUGAACAUAUUACAUACCUUAAAUUACGUUGCGAAGCAUUGUGUACUUACGUUACAUAGUAAACACAAUAAAGCAUGAAAAAUAAAAUGUUCAAACGUUUAGUUUUGAAAUGAAAAAUAUCUUGCUUUUUCGAUAACAAUCCUAUGUCCUAUACACAAAUAAUGAGUUGUAGUAAGUUUAAAAUAAUCCAAAUAAAGUAAUGUUUUAUUAUUUUGCACGUGUAAACGAUUCGAUGAUUCCUUGAUAAUUUCUGGUUGCUCUAGUGUUCGAUAAACGAUUCUCAGUUUUAAAUAAAUUCGAAAAAGAUCUAUCUAUGUGAGUCUGAUUAUUUUUGUAGGUAUCAUAUUUACUUUUGUAAAUAUAUCUUUACAUUGUUUAGGGGGAUCGCUCACGUGGAGCAUUGGUUGCCAAUUAACACUGGAUAUAUUAUGGAGAAAAAGGAUUUUAGUAGUUCCUACUGCAAAGGUGGUAUAGACCCGGGUUAAAAGUGAUAGAGGGCGAAAGUAACAAGCUGAAUGUUUGAAAAUGUGUUAUAGACGCGUAUGCCAGCGUUGAGUGUAGAAUAAAGAACAAUAAUUGCAGUUUGCAAAGUAACUUUUCAAUGUCAUCAAGUUUCUUUUUCAUAGUAAUUUACAAGGAACAUCAGCCAAUAAAUACUUCUGAUUUUUUUUUUACUCAAAACUCCAUUACAUCUGGCCUAGUAUAGAGAUCAAUUGGAAUAUUUUCUUUCUCUUUGACUUUUCAUUAAUAAUAUCGAUUUUAUUUACAGCAACACUGAAAUAUCACGACUAUGAUGAAAUUAUUACUUUCGACCCCGGACCACGUUAUGCAAGAAUUUCGCUCGAUAACCCUUUGACUGCGGGGGGCGUAUAUAUCCGCCCUCGAAAAUUAGAAUCAGAGAAGUUUUUAACUUCGUCGAAACAAUUUUUAAAAAGUAUCACCUUGUAGAGAAUGACAAGAUAAAACAUUUUAUAUUUAUAAUUUACUAGCUUUUUCGAUGCUUUAACGAUAACGAUGCUUUUCAUUUUCAUCGAUGUAAAUGUAAUUGGAUUUCAGGAAAAAGGACUUUUAAGUUUUUAAUAUUCAUUUUUGAAACUAAAUGUCAUAUGAAUAAACUGCAAAUAUAAACAUGUUUCAUCUCAUCAUUCUCUAUAAGGUGAUAUUUUUUAAAACUUCGUCAAAAAUCGUCCCGUGGCCAAAGGGUUAAAACAUUUUGUCCGGUUUAUGUGAGAAUUGCAAAACACAAGCGUUCCUGUUUUUAAAUUUCAUUCUGUUUCAGUGCUCUGAUACAUUUGCUACAUACUACGACCCCGGCGACGGUGCUAUAACCAGACCUGGGUAAAACAUUGCUACAUAGAUUAUUAUAUUUUUAAGAUAUUUCAUGUAUUUCGAACGUUCCAAUAAUGAAAAGAAAAAGAUUCGACGUUUCGAAAGUAUAAACUGUAACGACGCCGUUUACUUGAUUUUAGAAAUCAUCUUGUUCCGUCGGUUUACACAUUGUACAUCCGAAAUGUUAUUUUAGGCUCGUUUACACCUAAUAUAGUAUUUCAGAUACUUGCCCGUCGAUUUUACUUUUACCCAGCUCAGGUUGUAACGAACCGAAGUGCGUUUGACACUCGCUAUUCAAAAUUUGAUUUAUCGAUUGUUCCGUUAGAUUGUUUGCCGCGGUAAAGAGAUCGAUUCAUGGGGUCGACGUACUGCGUGAAGUUGUCGCCAAUAGCUGUCCGGUAAAUUAUUUUUGAUUUUACGCGUUUAAAUAUUUUUCAUCUUGAAAACACUUUUUUAUCGUUUCGUAACGACUAUAGUUACAGUCGUUAUAGUAUUCUUUGUUUUAUCCCUUAUUCUGCCUUCGACUAUUGGCCCACGGCAAGCACAGUGUUUUUUACGCUUAAAAAAUUGCGUGCAUCCCAGUCCUAUGUUUUUAUUCUAUACAUCAAAAUCGCCAUUCUUUCGUCCUCGUAAUAUCGUGAAAAAUAAUACGUACGUUUCGCAAGGUGAUCGCUCGCUUUACUAAAAUCCCGAAUCGAACGGAAAAAAAACGUCAUUUCUCGAUUUCUUAAUUCGUCUUUUCUUCUUUUUUCCUUGUUUUUUCAUUUUUUUUUUCAUUUUUUUUUUUUUUUUGGUUCGGCUAGAUUUUGUAACACGACAACGAUAAGGUUAGGACCGCACCAGGCAUUUCUUUGUCACAAUUUUUGACAAAACGACUACAACGGAAACACCACUCGAUGCAAUCUUACGGAAACGUUUACUAUUCCGAAACAAUCACUCUAGAAAUACAGUAGAGCAACCGUCGACUGGUACGAAGACAAAAAUGUUCGGAUAUGAGAAUCUUUACGUAACCGAACAAAUGGUUAGCACAUAAUUUUACGAAAUCAAACAGGAAUUAAAUAAUCUGAAUACGAUAUGUUUGUGGAAAACUUCAUAUAUAUAAUGCAAAAGAAGAAUGAAACAAUAUCGUGCAAUCUUGUUUCUUUUUAAUGAAAUUAAAGAAUUUUUCACGAGAUUCUUUUACUCACACACACACACACACACCCCUCCUCGAGACCCUUACGUAAUUAAUGAACGGCCCUUUACGAUAUACCAAUAACAUGCAAUAAACAUUUAUUUUGUUCAGAAUAACGAGUGUGUUUCUUUGAAAGAAUUUAAAUGGCCUUCCGAAGUGCUUUUAUAGAACAAUCUGGUUCCCCAAGAUCCAUUUUUCCCCCCAAAAUUGGAUUACGACGGUGAUUAGAAAUCUAUGUUUGAGAAGUCGUCAAGUAAAUAACUUUGAAUAUUGAUACAUUGCGAAUAUUAUAUAAAAAUUACUAAAUAUUAAUGUUACAAGUAUCCCACGCAUGCAACAUACAGCAAAAACAAAUAUUUCACAGGAAAAUAGUAAAUAAUUUUAAAUAAUCCAAAUAGCCUUUUUCUAAGAGUAUAACGUAGUUUCACAAUAUCAUAAGUGAA